AUGAACCGAAAUGAGAUCGAUAUCAAGGCUCGUAUCUCAUGGUAUCAGCGGUUCACCAUUUGGAUGAUCAAUGAAGGUAGCCGCGCCAUUUUUCUAGGGCUCUGGAUCCUCAUACACAUCAGCAUCUUUGGUCUCGCCUUCUUCAACUACCACUACUCUGACAACUUUGAAAUCGUCCGCUCAAAACUCGGAGUCACCCUCCCGAUCGCCCGUGGUGCCGCUCUGGUCCUUCACGUCGAUUCUGGCAUCAUCCUCUUCCCUGUUUGCAGAACCCUCAUCUCAUGGCUUCGAUCCACGCCUCUAAACCGUAUCAUUCCCUUUGAUAAGUCCAUCGCCUUUCACAAGGCCAUCGCGUGGAGCAUCGUUUUCUUCACCCUGCUCCAUACGGCUGCCCAUUAUGUUAACUUUUGGAAACUGUCCCGCUCGGAUCCUGCCCAGUAUUCGUUUUGGAAUCUGAUGUUACUUUCGGGACCAGGACUGACAGGCCAUAUAAUGCUGCUUUUCCUGGGGAUCAUGGUCUGUACAUCUUUGCCGAGCGUCCGCCAAAGAAAUUUCGAGAUCUUUUGGUACUGGCAUCAUUUAUUCCUGCUGUUUUUCUUUUUCUUCUCUUUUCAUGGUGCAUUCUGUCUGCUCACGCCUGAUCGUCCGCCAUACUGCAAAGACAUUGCGAGUUUCUGGAAAUACUGGGUGGCGAGUGGAUUUACUUACUUGACAGAACGGAUCAUGCGCGAAUGGCGCGCCAGUCAAAAGACCGUCAUCUCCCGCGUCAUUCUCCACCCCUCCAAAGUCGUCGAGAUCCAGAUCAAGAAGGAGAAUUGUCAGGCAUUGGCCGGGCAAUAUAUAUUCUUGUGUUGCCCCGAAGUGUCGCUCUGGCAGUGGCACCCCUUCACGCUGACAAACGCGCCAGAGGAAGAUUACUUGAGCGUCCAUAUCCGCGUCAUUGGCGAUUUUACAGAGGCGCUGAGCAGGAAACUGGGUUGUGAUGCCGAUGGUCCUAGUGGGUGGGAGGAGAAUCUGGGCGACAAGAAGGGACUGAUCACGGUCUUGCCGCGGAUCAUGAUCGACGGUCCCUUUGGUGCGGCUUCAGAGGAUGUCUUCAAGUUUGAGGUCACUAUCCUGGUCGGGGCAGGUAUUGGCGUGACACCCUUUGCGAGUGUGCUCAAGAGCAUCUGGUACCGGGUCAAUUAUCCAACCAAAGUAACCAAGUUGCACAAGGUAUACUUCUUCUGGAUCUGCCGCGACAAGGAGUCGUUCGAAUGGUUCCAGUCAUUGCUUUUGGCACUCGAGUCGCAGGAUCUGAACCAGUUUAUUGAGAUUCACACGUUUUUGACGGGGCGACUCAGGCAUUCCGAGGUCGGCAAUCUGAUGAUUAAUGAGGAGAGCGCGUUUGCAGACACAGUUACAGGACUGAGGGCGAGGACCCGCUUUGGAAGACCGAACCUGGAUGCUGAGUUUGAGCGGAUUCGAGGAAACCAUGCGGAUACGGAUAUUGGCGUGUUUUUCUGUGGACCGAAAAAGAUGGGCAAGCAGCUGCAUGCCUGCUGCACGAAAUUUAGUCAUGGAAGUACGCAGUUCGUUUGGCACAAAGGCAAGCAAGAGCAAUGA